AUGUCGCUCCUACCUUUCUUAUUGAACUACGAGAUGGAACGUCCACGUCGUCUUAUCGACCAACACUUCGGAUUAGGUUUAACACCCGAUGAUCUUUUAAGCGUGGUAGCCGGUCCCGUCAUGAGUCGGGAGUACUACAGGCCCUGGAGGCACAUGGCGGCGGCGACCCGAGACCUUGGCUCCAGCAUCAAAAGCGACAAAGAUAAAUUCCAGGUGAAUUUGGACGUUCAACACUUCACCCCAGAGGAAAUAAGCGUUAAGACCGCCGACGGGUACAUCGUGGUGGAAGGUAAACAUGAAGAGAAGAAGGACCAACAUGGUUACAUAUCCCGUCAGUUUACUAGACGUUACGCGCUGCCGGAGGGCUGUACUCCCGAGGCUGUUGAAUCGCGUCUGUCCUCUGAUGGCGUGUUGACUGUGGUCGCUCCGAGGAAGGUGCCUCCAGCAGUUCAAGGUGAAAGGAGUGUACCAAUCGCACAGACCGGACCUGUACGCAAGGAGAUCAAGGAUCAGGCUAACGGCGACAAGGCGCAAUAA